UUCCAGCCCAUUGCUUUACUUUUUAGCUGCACCAACGUAGUCAUUAUGCCAAAGAGAAAGUCUCCAGAGAAUCCAGAGGGCAAGGAUGAAUCCAAAGUAACUAAACAGGAGCCCACCAGACAGUCUGCCAGGUUGUCAGCGAAACCUGCUCCCCCAAAACCUGAACCUAAACCAAGAAAAACAUCUGCUAAGGCCCUUAUCCUAUGCAUAGAUCCUCACAUUAGCCCUACUGAGAAAGAACUGGCAACAAAAUUUAACAAAGGUGCUAAAGGGAAGAAGGAGGAAAAGCAAGAAGCUGGAAAGGAAGGCAUAGAAAACUGAACCUGUAAACGAGGGAGAAUGAUUUGUCAUGAAAAUUGGGGUUGACUUUAUGUACCU